AUGUCGACCGACGCUGUCAGCGCUCCAGUCUCGGAGCCUGCACCUGUGCCGGCGCAAUCCACGACUGGUGACCACGACGAGGAGCCGACCCUUGGCCAGAUUGAAUGUGCAAAGCCCGCCUUCCUCCACUCACCCCCCGACAGCAACAAUGCGCCCAAGUCGGAAGCCAGCGACUCUGAGCUCAGCGAUCUAGACGACGAUGCUGUUGAUCCAUCUGCUGCUCCUACGACCCAAGAUGAGGCGCCGCCGCCCGAGGACGACAUUGGCGAAGUCCUUCCCGACCACUGGUCCGGGACUGUCCCUGUCUUCAGGCCCACGAUGCAUCAGUUCAAGGACUUCAAGCUAUUCAUGACCAAAGUCGAUCAUUAUGGGAUGAAGUCCGGCAUCGUCAAGAUUAUCCCUCCCCCCGAGUGGAAAGAAAACCUCCCCCGACUCGACGACCUGGUGAAGCAGAUCCGAGUCAGAGAACCAAUUAAGCAAGACAUCAUGGGAUCGAAUGGAACCUAUCGCCAAGUCAAUAUUCUUCAUCAAAGAUCCUACAACCUCCCACAGUGGCGACAACUUUGCGACCAGAGCGAACAUCAGCCCCCAGCGCGGCGAGGCGAGCGCCGAGCCAACGUCGAAAAGCCGAAACCCCGAUCUGCCCCCAAACCUCGUACAGAAGCGAAAUCAACUCCGGCCGGGUCAAGAAAGCGGGGCCGAGGUCGACCGCGCCGGGGUAAGGCCAAGGGCAAGAACCAGGAUGACGAUGACGAAGCCGAAGAAGAACAGGAGGAAGAGAAGCGACCGAUGACGCCCGUCUCCCCUAAGCCGGCUGCAGAUGCGGAUGUCAAGCUCAAGGUCAAAAAAGAGGAAGUCGUCGACUCUGUGGAAGACCCGGGACUGGAUGUCGACGAAGAUGAACCACCAACCGUUGGCAGAAUGGGUCGGAUGGGUGGCGCGAGACAAGCGAAGCCAAAGACCCAGACUGUUUCGGCCCGUCGGAAGUACAGCAAGAGGGAAGGCUCCGCUAUGAUUGACGAAAAGGCAUUCGAAGACUUUGACUACCAGAUGGAUGUCUCUGACUAUACCCCUGAGCGCUGUGAGGAACUCGAGAGGAUCUACUGGAAAACCCUCACGUACGCCCCGCCGCUGUACGGCGCAGAUCUAAUGGGGACUCUCUUCGACGAAUCGACAGAAAUGUGGAACUUGAACAAGCUUCCCAACCUGCUGGAUGUCCUCGGAACAAAGGUUCCCGGUGUAAACACGGCUUACCUCUACUUGGGCAUGUGGAAAGCCACUUUCGCAUGGCACUUGGAGGACGUUGAUCUUUACAGCAUCAACUAUCUCCACUUUGGCGCCCCCAAACAAUGGUACAGCAUUUCACAAGCUGACGCCCGCCGUUUCGAGGCUGCCAUGAAGAACAUUUGGCCCACGGAUGCCAAGGCUUGCGACCAGUUCCUUCGCCACAAGGGAUUCUUGAUUUCCCCAUCGCAUCUCAAGCAGCACUACAAUAUUACCGUCAACAAGUGCGUUUCGUAUCCGGGCGAAUUCGUCGUUACCUAUCCUUACGGAUACCACUCUGGAUACAACUUGGGCUACAACUGCGCCGAGGCUGUCAACUUUGCGCUCGACUCUUGGCUUCCCAUGGGCAAGAUCGCCAAACGUUGCGAGUGCGCACAGGCGCAAGACAGUGUGUGGGUUGACGUAUACGAUAUCGAACGGAAACUCCGUGGCGAGCCGACUCCUGAGUACGAGGAAACUGAUGAAGAAGAUGAAGAGGAUGAUGAGGAUGAGGAUGAAGACGACGCUACUGGCCUUCCGUCUCCUCCUGGUAGCAACGGUAUUGUUAAGUCGGCUCGCAAACGAAAGCGCGCUGCUGGAGACAAACAAGGCAAAGCAAAGACCAAGCGAAUUCGUCUCAAGGUUAAGACGCGCGCAGAGCCGACGUGCUGCCUUUGCCCCAGCGAUAUCCCUGGUGCAGAAGUCCUGUCAACAGACGAUGGCCGCAAGGCCCAUCGGAUGUGCGCGCUAUACCUACCCGAGACUUAUAUCGAUACCGUCGACGACAAGGAGGUCAUUGCGAAUGUUGCCAACAUCAACAAGGAACGUCUGGAUCUCAAGUGUCUCUAUUGUCGUUCCAAAAAGGGUGCCUGCUUCCAGUGCUCCCAGAAGAAGUGUGCCCGGGCCUACCACGCCACAUGUGCGGCUGCCGCGGGUGUCUUUGUCGAAGAAGCCGAAGUCCCAGUCUUUGGCGAAGAUGGAACCGAGUACAAGGAGCAAGCGUUCGAGUUUAGCUGUCGCUUCCAUCGUACCAAGCGUGAUAGGAAACAUACUGGUGACUCCUUGGAGGAUGAUGUGCGGAUCCGCGAGGCUGCGGCAGCACUCAGCGAGAGCGACAUCUGCCAGUUGCAGUACUUCAAAGGCGACAUCUUUGCCGGUGUCGUGGUUGAGAAUCGCGCCGAUGAGCAGAUGUUGCUCCUUGAUAUCAUUCCUAAUGGGUAUGUCUCAUCCAACAACUUUGAUGAACAAAGUCUGACGUGCUUUAGUGAUCGUCUCGAGGUUGAGUGGAAGUGGCUUCUACUGCCCGACCCAUCUGACUACCACCUUCCAAAGGCGUCUUCCAAGGCUAUCCCGAUGCCAUCAUCACAGAAGGCAAAGGAACGACUCAAUGCGAAGCGCCCUGCUGAUGAAAUCCCCCGAAAAGAUGCUCCCUUUGUUGAAGGCUACACAUGGGCAGAGUUCCAUCCAUGCAACGAGUGUACUAAUCCAAACCAGACCAAAGUUGACCUGUCGAAGGACAGCCAAGUCUGGCACUAUCUUGGCAAGACGUCGACGGAGGCGAAGGCACAGUACUCCGAGGAUCCCGCCAAGCAGCUGCACAAUCCCAAGAGCAACUUCCUAGACACCAUUCCCAAGCCUCCCAAGCCUGUUUCUGCAAGCACGUCGCAUCGCAGGGUGUCAGUCGUUCCACCGCAACCAGCCCCAUUGCCAGUGUUUACGCCCGGAGUCGCUGUUCAGAAUGGGCCCAAAUCGGAGAAACCGUACGUAUAUAAGCCCAGGAAACCUGUCGAAACCAACUACGCUGGUACCGGCUCUUUCACCACACAAAAAUUCACACCCAAGGCUUCUGCGCCCCCGACUCCCGGAGGACAGCAGCUCCACUUCGGAGCUGAUCCUCGAUACCCGAUCCCCGGGACCCAAUUUGUUCAACAGAAGUUUGCUCCUGAUGUGCAUCAACAGUAUGUACCUCGUCCCGCUCCAGCUGGGCAGGAUUAUUACGCGGCUCCGAACUCGAUGCAACGGCCAAGCCCGUAUAGCACCCCGGGACCGCAAUCUGCAGUCGGCGCGCGGCCCGCGCAACAAACGUGGUCGACGCCAUCACAGAACUCCAGACCUCCUUUACCACACAGUACUUCGCAAGGCUCAACUCAGCAGAACCAUCGGAGAUACUCUGCCGCCCCAACGCCUUCUGUUGCUAUGAAAUAUGCAUUCUUCCAGGUUCACCACAAUAGAGACUCGAAGACGUACCGAACUCCUUAUGCUCCAUGGGGAGGGUUCACCAACGGAUAUGAAGCAAAGCCCGCUGUGCCGAAGGUGCAGUACAAGAUCCCCGAGAAGCAGACACCGGUUCCCCUCCCGGCCAAGUAUCUCGCGGCCAUGAGCAAGAUGCCUUCGGCUGCUACUCCAUCCAAGGCCAGUUCGAAAUCAACCAGACACAUCGACGGCAGCCGUCAAUGGCUCUUCCGCGCAAACGCCUUCUCAAGCGUCAAAAUCAGCUGGCCCAACGACGGAGACGGCGCCUUCUGUAGCUCAAGCUUCCGUGUCGGUACCGCACACGCCAGUGCCGGCUCCAACCUCUCGAAUGCCCUUUACGAAUCAAUCGAUGACUACGGCGUUCCCUCGACAGCCUACACAGUCUCAACCCCAGGCUUACAACAUGCCUUCGACCCAACCGCUCCCUCCCGCGAGCCGACCACGGACUGA